CCACGCAUUACAUCACCACAGACAGAAACAGCGGAAACAAUAGAAGAACCAGGCAGAAGCUAGCAGCAGCACACACGCGACGACCAAGAGACAUACAGAGGCGUACAGCGGGGAAAUGGGCCUGUGUGUGUCAUACGACGCGGCGGCCGACGGCCCGGCGACAGCCAGGGUGGUGCUCCCCAGCGGCGAGCUCCGGGAGUACUCGCCGCCCGCAACGGCAGCGCUCGCGCUGGAGGAGGUCGGCGAGAAGGGGUGGUUCCUGUGCGACGCCGACAGGAUGGGGUUCGAGGGCUCCCUCGCGGCCAUGGCCGGCGGCGAGGAGCUCCAGCCGGGGCAGAUCUACUUCGUGCUCCCGAGCGACAUGUUGCGCCGCCGCCUGGCUCCCGAGGAGGUGGCCUCGCUUGCCGUCAAGGCCAGCGCCGCCCUCGUCAAGGCCGCCACCGUGCCAUCAGCCGGCGGCCGGCGCCGGCGAGGCUCCGUGGCGCCGCUCGUGUUCGCGCCGUCCGAGGAGGAUUACUCGGCCGAGGAUGCCUUCACCCUGGCGACGUUCGCUGCGAAGCCGACGGUGGCGCAGAAGCGGAGGGUGGCGUACCGAGGCGGUAGGUCGCCGCCGCGGUUCUCGCCCGACUUAACCGCCAUCUCCGAGAGCGAGUAGAGGCGCAUGGUACACGAGACAGCCGACAAAAAAAAGGGCGCAUCGUUGCACAUAGCCCUGCCUCGCCUGGCCACGACUGACGCGUGGGCCCGUCCGCUGAUGCUAGAUCGGACGGCGGGGACGCGGAGAUAAACGCAUCAAACGCUUGAUAGGAUGUGGAUGUGUGGAGUGUGGGGUGGCCGUGGUAGAAAUAGUCGCGUCUUCGGCGUUGUUAAUUCAAAUGCCAGAAGCACAAGGAAAUGCACAUACAUAUAGGCAUGUCAAUGUAAUGUAAAUAUCGCACCCGCAUAAAAAAUGUAGAUACUGUAAAAAAUGAUGUGGAGUAUGUAUGCUCGGUUACUGGGCUGAA